AUUCCUCUCACCCCUUCCCCCCCCCUCUUUAAUCAUCCAAUUCCUCCCCCAUCCAGGUCUGGUGAGACCGUUGACCCUGACCAGGGUGUCCUUCAGGCGGUCACAGACUCCCAGGAGGAGCUGCCCAAACGGACACCUCAGGACAGCUUCGCCCAGGCAGUCAUUCCUCUGGGUCGUGACCCCAGCGCCAGGGAGAGUUACCUCACUUUUGCCCGCGGCAUCCGCUUUGGUCGACUGUUGGAAAAUUUCGAUACUUUUGCCGAGUUAUCUCCCACGGCCCCCGUGCCCUCUCCGUUCAAGGACAUCUUCAUGAGCGGCAACGUGACCUGGGUGGGUCGCUCGUCCAUGGAGUGUACCAUGCACAUGGAACAGGAACACAAUGGCUCCCUCCAGCACAUGAUCACCGCCAAGUACCUGUUUGUGGCCAGGAACCCCAUGACUAAGAACCAACAAAAAGCUGCGUCAGUCCGAGGGCCAGAAGUCCCUGCUCAAGUCCCCGCCCACAGAAGAUGAGCGACUCAUCAUCCACGACAUCUUCCUCUCCACCAUCGACCUCCAGUCCGGUACAUUCAAGCUGAGAGUGAAGCCAAAGAACACAGUGUGGAUGGAUGAGACGAUCCUCAAGUCCCUCAUCGUGUGCCACCCAGAGCAAAGAAACCUCUACAACAAGAUAUUUGGAGGCUUCCUCAUGCGAAAAGCCUAUGAGCUGGCAUGGACCAAUGCUUCCCUUUACACGAACACUCGACCUCGUAUGUGCAAAAUUGUUGAUGACAUUUUGUUCCUGAAGCCAGUGGAAAUUGGGGACCUCCUCUUCCUCUCCUCCCAGAUCGUGUACUCCAAAGGCCAAGACCUACAGGUCCACGUACACGCUGAGGUCGUGAACCCUGACACGGACGUCCGACAGACCACCAACGACUUCCACUUCACCUUUGACACCGGCCUCCCAGAUCUGCCGCAGGUGCUGCCCAAGACUUACGCAGAGUCCAUGCUGUACCUUGUGGGCAAGAGGCACAUGGAGAGCUGAGGAGUCUCCUGGGUCGGUGUGUGAGCUCAGAAAAGUGAUUGGCGGGUGCUCUGGUGGGGUUUGCUUCCUCUUUCCUAUCAAACAUCUACCGUCUGUAUCUCCCCUCCUUCUUUUUUAUGUUUUGUUACUCUCUUGUAACACCUCUAAUCUUCUGGCGCUCAUAUGACCGUAUGCAGUUGCGAGCGCCGUAAAACCUCUACUAAAAAAAGAGUUUCUGACUGGCGGCCCCAUUAAUGUCUUGUGGUGGGGCAACGCUGACCUCACCUUUGUCUGACCAGAUUUGUUUGUGGAGGACUUCAAGUAAAAUUGCCCGGUGAUUCAAUAUAUUAUGUGUCAUGACAUAAUGUUCUCAGGCUCUGGUCAAGUUCUGGGCGUGUGGAGCUUUUGGUAGCGAUUGUAAGUAAAGCCUGUUCAUUUUUCUCGUCUCUGAUGAAAAAAAAAAAAAA